GCAGGUGGCGCAUUGGCGGCGGCGGGCAACGGCACUGCACGCGGUGCUCUAGCGCGCCUACGCGUCCCCGCCGAGUCGCGGCGUCCCUCGGUGCGGCCCUCACCUUUCUUCUUGUCCUCCCAUCGCUCGGGCCCCAGGAUGGGCGCGCGCGCCUCGGGCCGGCCCCGGGCCCGGGCUGGGCUAUGGCUACUGCUGCUGCUCGGGCUGCUGGUCCCGAGCGCGCAGGGGGCGAGGGGCCGCGGAGGCACGGAGAAGAACAGCUACCGCCGCACUGUCAACACCUUCUCGCAGAGCGUCAGCAGUCUGUUCGGCGAGGAUAAUGUGCGCGUUGCUCAGAAGUUCUUGACCAGGCUGACCGAGAGGUUCGUGCUGGGGGUGGAUAUAUUUUUGGAAACUGUGUGGAAAGUGUGGACGGAGAUCCUGGAUGUUUUGGGACUUGACGUCUCGAACAUGUCCCAGUAUUUCAACCCCGCCUUGGUGGCUAGCAGCCCAGCCCGCGCCAUCAUGCUGGUCGGCGUCGUCCUCCUGGCCUACUGGUUCUUGUCUCUCACCUUGACCUUCACGUUCAGCAUCCUGCACGGGGUGUUCGGCCGCUUCUUCUGGAUCGUGCGCGUCCUCCUGUUCUCCAUGUCCUGCGUGUACAUCCUGCACAAGUACGAGGGGGACCCCGAGAGCGCGGUGCUGCCCCUGUGCUUCGUGGUGGCCGUCUACUUCAUGACCGGGCCCGUGGGCUGCUACUGGCGGGGCGGCCCCGGCGGCCCCAGCGUGGAGGAGAAGCUGGAGCACCUGGAGAACCAGGUCCGGGUCCUCAACAUCCGCCUCAGCCGCGUGCUGGAGAGCCUCGACCGCGCCAACAGCAAGUGACAACCAGCCAGCCGGCCGGGUCCCCUCACACCGGCGCCCUCUCUCCGAAAACAGAAGAAGAGGCGGAAGAAAAGGACGGCGAACCCCAAACAAUCUUAAUAAACGUUCCUGAGCAAGAGAGGGGGCGCUCUGUGAGGGUGUUUCCGGCCACUCCCAGCCUCUCAGGACACAUUCCGAGAGCAAGGACGCACUCCUCCGAGUAGAGCUACCUGCCAGGUGUUGUUAGUGGGAGAGAUAUUUUUUAAACAAAGGAUAUAACCAUAUUAGCUGUACAGUCAGAGAAGUUUAUCUGCAUAGAGCAUAGAGUUAAUUUUUUCAAGCAUUUAAAUACAUCUUUUGUAAGGUUUUUUAAUAAAGGCAGACCUGAGUCGAGUUUCUUAAAAACUUUACGUAGAGGGGAAAGAAUCUGCAACUUGGACACUUGAGAAGAGUUAAGUGUGUGUUUUUGCAGUGUAGGUGUUGGGGGGAGGUCUGUGUGCACUGUUUCCAUGUUCCUACAAGGUGAGUGCGGAUUUUCAUGGUAAUUCUGGGCUGAUGGUGACUGAGCUGAUGAACGUUGUGGCUUCUGAGUGUAGACGGUUGGGCUUGAGGGUGGAACCGAACGUCUCUCGUAGGGACCCUGGCCAAGCCCCCGUCCUGCACUUGGAUGGAUUUUGAGCUGCACAUUCGGUAGAGAACCGUCCCCAGCUGUCCUGCCUCAGGAAUCUCUUGGCGGCUCUCACCUUGCCGCUGGCUGGCUGGUUCUGUGUGGGAAGGACUUGCUGCUCUCGAGGGCUUUUGUGCUUAUUGGCUGCCUUUUGUCUUUGGUUGGCUCAGGACCCCAGAGGGAAAAAGGACCAUAGCAGGUGAUAGCAUUUCCAAGCCUCGCGAUGCUCAUAAAGCACCUCCGGGAUUGUAAACAGCAGACAUGAGCCUGGGAGGAGAUGUGAAUUGUUUCUUCUGAAAUUGUUACGAUACCCGUGCUAGGGGCUUUGUGUCAGGGGUCUGUGGUGUCUUUGUGGUUUGAGGUGGUCUCCAGGGGCAGAGAGAGGUCCAAGCAGGACAGCUGUGGGCGUUUGCUUGGGGGUGGGCGGGGGUUGCGUGGCUCGGGUCAGAGGCUGGUGGUAAUGCCCCCUCCCAGGACCCCCAGGCAUGUUGGCAUUCCCCAGAGAACAGGACACAGAAAGGAAGCCCCGCUGUUGCCGAAUGUGGUUUUGAAGGCUGCUGGGGACCCCCAGUGUCUCCAUAGCCCUCCCUGGCACACCUCCGCACCCUAGCAGUCAGCCCCCACCCGAGCCCCCUCCCUGUCUGGUCAGGCAGAAGCAAGGCCUGUGGUCCACGCUGCAGUAACUCAGUCCCCGGCCAGCCCCGGGACGGUGCUCCCAUGAGGUUUUAGCUGGAAAACAGAAGCAGGUGUUUCUGAGGGGUCGUUAGGAAACGUUUCUUCUACAGGUGCACAGCGAGGGCCCUUGGUCUCCCUCCUCCCGUGUGCUGGGCGGAUGUGGGUUCCCCGGCACUUGAAGCCUGGGCUCUCUGGCUUGCCGCUGCCCACCCAGUUUUGCCAUUGAGAUACUUGUGAGUGAAUGUGUUUUAGCACCAAGCAUGGAGGACUUUGGUGGGGGGGGCCACCGGGUCCCCCCAUUUCUGUGUGUGCACUCAACUUGCUUAGGUACAAAACAUGGCUUUGCGUAUGCUGACCAGGAGGGGAUUGGCACAUUCUGCACAAAACUUUUUUUUAAAAGAUAUUAUUUAUUUUUAGAGCAAAGGGGAAGGUGGAGAGAAAGAGAAGGAGAGAAAUAUCAACAUGUGGUUGCCUCUUGCGUGCCCCUUACUGGGGACCUGGACCACAGCCCAGGCAUGUGCCCUGACUGGGAAUCGAACUGGUGACCCUUUGGUUCACAGGCCGGUGCUCAGUCCACUGAGCCACACCAGCCAGGUCUGCAGAAAACUUUUAAGUCUUAAACUCUCACUGGCCUGGGUGUGAUGGUCACUCCAUUCCCCGUCCUGCCCUCGCACCUGAACCCUGAAGGGCCCUGCGCUGGCCUGAGGUCCAGGUAAGAAAGCCAUUUUAGCUCUCGGAAAACCGAGGGAGCCUUCUCCACACCCCCAGACCAGCCACCAGCAUAACUGAAAAUUGAGGUUGAGACUUUGCUCCCUGCCUACCACGUGGGCCCUGGAGGCCCUUUUUACAGUCAGGGAGUGCUCCAGGGACAGAUGUCUGUCAGUCUGCAUCAGAAGGAGCCUCACUUCAUGGGGGUCGCUUCAGGGUAGGACCUCGUCUGAGAUUCUGAUGGAAAUCCUUGGUGUUAGGGCUGAGGGACUCUUGCUUUUUAAUGCAGAAGCUUGACUUUUGUUGGGGCUUAUUCUCUGUGGGGGUCCACAGAGCUGGGGGAUUUCCUUUCUCCAUUCCAUGGAAGCCCAGAGGGUGUUUGGCCUCCCCCCACACACACACCUCUUUCUCUUUUUCUCUCUUUUGUACAUGGAGAAAUGUAUUUUUGUACCAUUAUCUCAUACCUUGAAGAGACCUUUUUUAAUCUUCAGGGCUGUAGAAUAUAUUAGUGUAACAUUCCAUUUAGUGGGAUACAAAAACAUCCUGGCAAGAGCUACCAUGGAUCUGUUCCAAGUGAGACUCAGUUUUUUAAAUAAUCAGUGUUAAUUUCCUGAUAUUUCAGUAUCACAAUGAAUUCCAAGGACAGAAACUAGUCCAGAAAAGGAAAGGACCAACUGUCUCCCAAUUGCUGGGUUCGUGGGGAUGCUUGGGGACCGAUGUCUAGAAUGUUGUCUUACCUGACACUCGAGAAAAAGAUGCUUUCAGGGGGGCAAAGCCUGCUCUAAUUCCUUAAAUACAUUCCCGGACACCAGUCAGCAUUCCCCGCCUUCUGGGGUCUUCUGCUUCACGUUGCAGGGGUACCACAUGUCAUUUCCACAAAAGAAGGCACGGCAACAGAACUUGAAAGCUUGUCUUGUGCAUUGUGUCGGGGUCUUAACUUAUAAAGGUGACCACACAGUGACACACACAGGGGUUAAUGCCACUGAAAGAAGGAUUUUAAUACUCAGGUCCCUGAAGCCACUCAGGGCCCCACGAAGCCUGUCCCAGGCAGCUAAGCCGGGAGAGGGGCCCUGGGGUCUGCGCUGGCACCCUCUGCUGGGUGCCCGUGUGGGUCAGGGUCUGUAUUUGGGAGGGUCAGGACUUUUGGGCAUCCACCAGGGCUGGCUCUCGGGGACCACAGGGACUUUGUCCGUUAAUCCGUCUCUGAUUCAGCAGCCUUACGGAGAGAUUGGGAAUGACAUGUCAAACAGCCAAUGCAGACUCUCAGAAUCCUACCUGGCUUCAUUCCCACGCUGCCUGCUACUUAAGAUGUGUUUGAUGACUGACAUCCAUCUGCCUUAGGGGUCGGUGCCGCCACCUUCAUCCUGCUGGGGUUUGAAGUGGCUGACUCAAUCAGAAACGCAGCCCUCGGCCACCCGGGUGUCACCUGCCCCAGCUUUAUUUUUCUUUUAAAUGACAGAUCACUAUUCUGUGGAGUUUUUGUUUAUGGCCACCGGAGUAGUUGGACUUUUGCACCUCACUUGUGAAUAAUAGAAUUCUAUAUCUUUUGCAGGAUCUAACACGGUACCUGUAAAGUUAGUGUUAGGCAGCCAUGGAUACGAUGUACAAUAUCUGAGAAAAACAGGCUUCGGUCUGCAUUUGAACUCUGCCCUCUCCUCUCCCAUGACAGCUUGUCGCGCAGCAGGUACACCGAGACCAGAUGUUCCCUCAUAAUGGCAUCUAAGCUGAUUGUCACUUGCGUCAUGUGAUGAGCACUCGUGGCCGCUAGGGGCGUUCGCGACCACAUGUUCCCAUGUCUUUUUGCAGAUUUAAAGGUUGUAGUGUUUAAUUGAGUAUCUGCAUGUGUUUUGAAUCUCUGAGUACUGUAAAUUAAUUGAUUCCUUGUGAUGGUGACGGUGACUAGCGCUCAGCUCGAAGUCACUGAAGCAACUUCCCUCCUCCUAACCGGAAAUCAUACGUGUGAGGCACGCUGCCCAUUGUCUGCCGUGCACUCACGAUUUGGUUCUGAUUUUGUGUACCUGGCUAUGAAUUUGAUAGAGCAUUUAAUUUGGCGCUUCACAUAAAUCCAUCUGAUCUGAAUAUAGUGGUGUGUGUGUGUGUGUGUGUGCGUGUACAUGCGUGGUGUGCGCAGUUCAGCCCCAUGAGCUUUGAGAAACUGAUUCUACAAAUAUCAUGUAUAGACAUAAAUGUAUAAGGCUUAUUUUUUUAAUUUAAUUUUUUUGGCAAAGCGAUACAUUCCUGUUAUUUAUUGAAUAACUGGCUUUGGUGAUAUGUAGAGAUAUUUGUAGA